AUGACCGGCGAAAAGAGGAGCUCAGAUCUUUCUAGUAGACUCAGCGUCAAGCGUGGAGGGAAGCUGAUCUCAAAGACUUUGGGCAAGUCUUCGUUGCCGCCAUCGAUAAGCGCAUCGCCUAAGGCAGCUUUCAGCGCGCCAAAGGUGAAGAAAGAUGAAGUGCAGAGGCCCAAGAACUCAUUUCAUGAAAUGCUGCAUGGGUCGCCGAGAGAGGAGGAUGGACACGCUGGACCUGCAUCGAGUGCAGCUCAAACAGCCCAUAGUCAAGGCGCGCGUGGUAAUCCCGACGAAAGGAGGUCUUCAGAACGUCAAAAGGCUUUUGUCCCACAGGACGACAGGCUUGCAGAGCUUGAGAACGCACUUUCAGCUGCCAAAGAAGAGAUAGCUGCUCUGAGACAUGAGCUUGAUCGCGUGAAGCAGGAUGCCCAAGCAUCUGCUGAAGUCUCUCGAUAUCAAGCCGAAAACCAUGCACCUUCAGAAGAUGCUCAAACGCAGAUGGAACCUCCAGACACCGUCGAACCCAAAAUCGAAGACAACACCCUCGAACAAGUACGCGAGCAAAACUCGAACCUCAUCGCCCAGAACUACAAUCUGCGCCACCGCCUUGCCGAGCUACAAGACCAACUCUCCCAACCAUUCCACCCAGAGCCCCAGCACAGCGACUCUGACUGGAAUAACUUAACCUUACGUCUCCAUGAGUCCGAGAAAGAAUCGCAUGCGCGGCUGCAACAACUCUUAUCAUUAAAGUCUAGUAUCUCGUCCCUCACGCGUACAGACUCGCAAGUCAGCGAUGCCGAGCUUGUGGAAAAGUUCUCGCAGCUAGCGAAUCAAGUGAGGGAGUGGGUUGUGAGCAAUUACCGGCGCUCGAGAAUGAGCUUUGAUGGGCUUCCUGAGGCGAGCACGAGUGUCCUAAGCACUAUCAAGGCUCAUUAUGCGUGUGUCGAUGGCGCGGACAAGCUUCCACUUUACCAAGCGAUCGUAUCGUGCACACUCAUGCGGAUAUUCGAUGAGCCUGUGGUUGUUGGUAUGCCAGACGAAGGUAUCUACGCUGGACUACGGGCAUUUGCCAAAAGUGCGCCGUCCAGCGUCGUCGAAAUCCGGGAUUGGAAGCGUAUGACCCUACAAGUGACAGAGCGAAGCACGCCAUCAGCAGAAUUGCGUAGUUGGAAAAACAAACGGCUCGGAUUGUUGGCCAACGAGUUGGAGAACAUCAUGUCAUCGAUCUCAUCUACGGAUAUUGCGUCGAGCGCUCGGUCAGCAUUGAUUGGCAUCAUGAAUACAGCUGCGGAUCUCCAGCGUAUUCUCUGUCUCCAGAAAACAGGGUACCAGGUCAACUUCUUCGACUCCCUUGAUGGGACACACUACCACUUUGAUGACCGAACAAUGGAGUCUAUCAACGACCUAGAAGAGAGCAUGGAUGAUGAUAGUGAGCCGUAUGUGCACCACCACGACUUCGCAUUCUGCGUUUUCCCAUGCCUGCAGAAGGUCGGGAAGGACGUGGAGAACAUCGUAUUCAAAGCGAGAGUGUGUUGUGGUGUUGGAUGA